AUGUCUGGAAGGCUGUGGUCCAAGGCCAUUUUUGCUGGCUAUAAGAGAUGUCUCCAGAACCAAACAGAGCAUACAGCUCUUCUUAAUCUUCUUAAAAUUAAAGGUGUUUAUGCCCGAGAUGAAACUGAAUUCUAUUUGGGCAAGAGAUGUGCUUAUGUAUACAAAACAAAGAACAACACAGUAACUCCUGGCGGCCAACCAAACAAAACCAGGAUAAUCUGGGGAGAGAUAACUAGAGCCCAUGAAAACAGUGGCAUGGUUCGUGCCAAAUUCCAAAGCAACCUUCCUGAUAAAGCCAUUGGACACAGAAUCCGUCUGAUGCUGUACUCCUCAAGGAUUUAA